CUUCGCGCCAAGCAACGAGAUUUCGAGAUCCCAGCGUUUGGAUGGCAUUGGCAUCCACGUGUGGCACCCCUUCGAUGCACCGAAAGCGGCCGAUUCACGAAACCAAGCGUGUUCUGUUCAUCGACUCAUCUGACGAGGGUGGUUGCGGCGUCUAAACCACGUGACACGGCUUCACAUGUCAGCAACAACGUUCUUCCCCCCUGAGUGAUUCCAUCCGAUGGGCAGCGCACUGUCAACCAAGCGUUCGCAGGCCAUCUAUCGCGGCUUGUCGAGUCGGCUGACCAAGUGGUUCCGCGGCGACCGGCAGGGCAGCGGCCUGUCGGUGUUGAAGAGCAUCUUCAAGGAGCUGGCGUCGCACUCGCGCUCCAAGAACCAGACGGUGGACAAGGAGACCUUCCUGAGGUACUUCCCCCUGCCGGGCAUGCUGGGCGAGCGGCUGUUCGCCGUCUUUGAUAAGGACAAAAACGAGGGAAUCGACUUCCAGGUAUGGAUAGCAGCAAUCAGGACACCGCAGGUCCGUCCAUCCGGACACUGAUUGUUUCCAUGCGCGCGCGCGUGUGUGUGUGUGUGUCAGGAGUUUUUCACCGGGUUGGCGCUCAUUUACCACGGAAGCCCUGACGAGAAGAAGAAAUUCCUAUUCGACAUGUGCGUGAAUCUCUGGGGGACAGACACAUGAAAGGGGGACGGUGGGUGACGUGGCGUGUUGUGUGUUGGUAGGUAUGACUUGGAUGAAAAUGGGUACAUCACUCGGGAGGAGCUGUACACGAUGCUGACGCACAUCCCCGCGGCCUUCAAGAUCCUCGACGCGUCGCUCCACGCAGAGGGCCACGGGGCCACAGCGCACUUCCCUCAGUGGCAGCAGGUAUGCACAGACAGACAUAGAAAUGUGCGCGUGUGCCGCCAUGAAUGGAAUGUGUCCACCGUCUGUGUGUGUCAGGAUGAGAGCCUCACCGAGUCAGAUCCCGACCUGCAGACGCGCAUCGAUGACAUCGUCGAAGGCGCAUUCUUGGACAAAGGUGGGUGGCGUGGAUUGGGGGGGCAGGUGGAGGGCAAUCAAGGGCGCCGCGGUGCUGGAUCUCCUUCUGUAUGGUUGCUUGCUCAGAUGAGACGAGCAACGGCCUGGCCUUCGACGAGUUCUGCCGCAUUGUGCAGAAGUCGCCAGAGAUACUCGAGGUAGGUGAUGGUGUUGAUGCCUGGUUCAACAUAUCACUUCAUUCUUGUGUCUGCCCGUGUGUGCAGAUGAUGAACAUUUUCUAUGACGAGGCGAUGCCCGAGAUGCCCCCCAUCCCCUCCCACUCCUCCCCCCAGGCGUCAGCGCCCAACAUCGCACGAUCCCUCUCGCUCCACACCAACGACAAGCCCGCUAACACCAGACACAAGGCCGCCGUCGACCGACUCAAGUCGGGCAGGUCCAUCACGUUCACGUCCGGCGAGGACGCCAGCCAGGCCAGCCAGGCUGAGCCGCCCUCGCCGCCCUUCCUCCCCGCCACCCCUCCCUCUUUCAUCGCGUGUACCUUCUCCCCCCUCACGUCCCCCACGGCCAGGAAGGACCACGCGGCUUUAUUGGAGCCUGGCGGUGGCGGUGGUGGUGGUGGUGCUGGGCACGGCCACCACCUGGGCACGGCCACUGCCAGCUGGGGACACAUGGGCGGGCUAGGGAGUGCCAGCUCACAGAUGUCCCGGACACCGCCCGCACCCUCUUCGUCGGAUGACGGCACUCUCUCUGCGCCACGGUGAGCGUUGCAGGAAGGACGAAGGACACCAUGAGAAUGCAUUCGUGUGUUGGUGUUAUGGCUGGAGCGGUCAGGUCUCCGAUGGCCACUCCCUCUUCGCCCCACUUCACCUGCAUCAUGUGCAAAACAGAGCUGCUGGCGUCCCUCAACCACUGCCCACGGUGCGGCUCCGCACUCUCCGCCAACCAGGCCGCCGACUACUUCUGCGAGUCGUGCAACUGGUCGCUCCGGGAAAUCCGCUACUGCUUCGUGUGUGGCCAGCCACUGCAGCCCAACCUGAUAUCGGCACAGUAUGGGGCGGGGGGGCCGGCAGCGUCGCGGGAGUCACCGCAGCCGACGUACGCGUCCCUGCCGUCGGUUGGGGCCCAGUCUGGUGGCACCAAUGGGAGCGGCAACGGGGUGUCGCCGUCGCACUCGCAGUCCUUCACCGCAGUCAGGAGAAGCGACUCGGUCAGUGAGUGGGCAACUUGGUGGGGGACAAGAGAUCUAUGCCCACCCACCAUGUCAUGUGAAGAUAUGUGGAUCUGUGUGUGUGGUUGGAUGGGGGUGGUCGAUGGCUGGUUCAGCGGGUGUUGCGUACUCGUACGGAGGAGUGUGUCAUGCAGACUGAGGGGGACAUGUCAGGAUGGCUGUCGAAAGGUACGGUUACGGUACACGUGAGUGUGUAGGGCUGCGUGUGGCUGGUCAGUGGACGGACGGCGCGCAUGUGUAUCUUUCUUUGUGUUUAUGUGUGUGCUGUGCUGUGCUCCUGACUGACAGUUGGUCAGAAGCUGGGCAUGAUGAAGCAGCGGUACUUUGUACUCAGAGACCGACUCCUUUACUGUAAACCACACACACACACACACACACACAUCCCCCAGAUGGCGCUUUGCUUACGGGUGUGGUUUCCCUCACUCAGACUACGCCAGCGACAGGGACAGGUUGCCCAGAGGCGUCAUCUUUGUGUCGGGCUCCUACGUGCGCGCCCAUAGGAGCGACGACGCCUCCAAGAGACUGGGCAUCGAAAUCAAAAGCCCGGUGCGUGUGUGUGUUCUGCCUGCGUGGCCAAAGAGCAGAGCAAACAAUGAGUGCAUCUUGCUUCCUUCGUGUGGUGUUGUGUGUUGUGUUGUGUGUGGCGUGGUCAGAACGAACGCGUUCGGUAUCUGUACUGCAACUCUGCUCAAGGUAAGGAGCUCAGCUCCACACACGCAAAUGCCAUAUGUGUGUGGUGUGGUACAUGUAUGUGUUUGUGUCUGCAGAUCGGGAGGAGUGGGUGCAGGCGCUCGUCAAGGCGUCCAAGUCUGUGUCGAUACAUGAGUUCUACUCACUCAAGGUAAGGUUCCUAACCUACACACACACGAAUGGGCGGCCGGCGGGGCGGCGUGCACUGCACCGAUCUGAUCCCCAUCUGUGUUGCGCGUGUGUGUGUGCAGGAGAAGAUCGGCCGCGGCAAGUACGGAGAGGUGUACAAAGCUGUACAUAAAGCCACACGUACGCCAACUCACCGACCAACACCACAACACACACACCCAUCGUAUCGUUGGCCUGCGGCGUAUGUAUGUGCAUUUAUUUGGUCGUUCAUGGCUGGCUGGGUUGGCUGCAGUGUCUGAGGUGGCGGUGAAGAUCCUGCCCAAGACGUCGAUGAACGAGGCUGAGCGGGAGUACCUGCGGAUGGAGGUCGCCAUCCUCAAGCUCGUCCAGCACCCACACAUCGUCAAGCUCCUCGACAUAUUCGAAACAUCCGAACACCUCUACUUGGGUGAGUGAGUGAGUCCAUGGUGUACCUGACACACACACAGGGAUCACACGGCAUGGCAUCGUAUCGUCAUGUAUGCUGUCUGUUGGGCUGCCUGCCUGCCUGCCCCAGUGAUGGAGCAUUUCCCGGCUGGCGACCUGGCUGAGUGGAUCUACCAGAUGCGCACAAAGGAGGGCAAAAGGUGGGUGUGUCAGCAUUGGGUGGGCUGAGUGACUGGCACCCGUCAUGGCUGCCGCGGCCGUGUCCGCUGUGUCUGUCUGCAGGCGUCUGCCCGAGAGGGUGGCCCAGCGGAUCAUCAAGAGGGUCCUGUCGGCACUCAGAUACCUCCACUCCAGAGGAAUUACACACAGGCAAGCCAAGCACGGAAUUCAUACAUACAAGCACCACAGAAGACGUUGUGUGAGGGACCAAGGUGUGUUUCGCUCAUCCCACGCCCACUACAGGGACCUGAAGCCCGAGAACAUCCUCUUGGUGACGUCCCGAACGGUCUUCUGCUGCUCGCCGAACCGCCUCACUCGCGCGGGCACGUCGCCAACCCACGCAGAGACGGGCGGGGGAGGGGCGGCUGACCGCUUCAAGGACGCCAUCCCUGCGGCCAUGGACGAGUCCGAGGCCGCCCGCCACGAGCACGAGUUCUCGUUCAGUGCCCACGGCACCAAGCCCAGUAUCGGCAUCGACGAGUCCAUCAUCCGCAUGGCCGCUGAUUCGGGACGGGGUGAGGGAGGGGGGUCGGCUGGAGGGGCGGCGUCGUCCAGCUCUUCUUCGUCCCCCGCGCCGUCGCGCGAGACCACCGACGGGGGGCCAAACCGCGUCCCCCCCACCCCGCCCCCAGCCAGCACUACCAACCACCUCUCCAUCCCUCUCCCGCACAGCCAGGCCUCACCCGUCAGCUCGCCCACUCCGUCCCCCAUGGCGAGCAGCAGCCAGGGCUUCGUUUCCUCACCCACACCCACACCACUGUCGCCAUCAUUUGGUGCGGGGUUCGGGCAGUCCCCCGGUGCUUCUGCUGGGGAUGGUGAUGAUGGUGAGGGCGGGGAGGAGGCGACGGGAGACGAGAUUCUCGACAUCAAACUGACCGACUUCGGAUUAUCGAAGAUACAGGGUGGGUGCCGAAGGGGGAGGGGAGGAAGGAGGGGAAGGCGUAUCGUCCACUGGCCCAUUCGUGUGUGGUCUCUUUCCCAUCGUCUGUGGAUGUGCGCAGCUCCAACCCGGCAGAUGAGCGAGAGUUUGGGGACGCUGAGCUAUGCUGCGCCCGAGAUCAUCUUGGGCAAGCCGUACGACAGCCGGGUGGACAUCUGGAGCACCGGCGUCAUCGCCUACUGGCUCCUCAGCGGCGAGCUGCCCUUCCAGGGCGACGACGACCAGAGCAUCGCCGAGUGAGCAGUCUCGUGUGGCAGCAACGAGUGGAUGCACGUAUGUAUGUGGGCUUGGCUGUGUGUGGAACAAUUUCAGGGCGACUGUCCGUUGUGAGUAUCGUUUCGACACUGACGACUGGGCGGGCGUCUCAGAUACAGCCAAGGUGAGCGAGCCAAGACGUACACGCUCACGCUCUCGAUGUUUCGGCUUGGCUUGCCUUGCCUUGCCGCAGGAGUUUGUGAGUCUGUUGCUGAAGCGUUGGUCCAAGGACCGUCCCACGUGCGAGCAGUCCCUUCAGCACCGGUGGAUCCACGAAGGCUCCCCCACCAUGCGACGCUCCCGCACAGCCGGGGCCGACCCCGCCACACACUCGCUCCACCUGCUCCCCCCCGCCCCUCCCUCACCUGCUAGUGCCGCCUCGUCCGGCGGGGACUCACGCAAACAUUCCCCCGUCGUCUCCACACACCCCUCGGGCAUCCCCAAGUCGCCACAGCGGCACAAGAACCACCACAACCGGGGCGGCCUCCUGCCGACGCCAUCUCCAAAGGCGGAUAGUGCUGUGCUGCCACUGGGGGAGAGGGAGGAGGUGGCACAGGUACAUGACCCGCAGCAGGGGCAGGGGAGUGAGUCUGACUAUCGGGUUAUGGUGACGGCCCCGCCCCAGUCGCCCCAGAUGCGCAAGUAGAUGGUGCUUGAUGGCCAGAUUGGCUGGUGGGGUGUUUUAUGCGUGUCUGUGGGUGGGUGGCUGUGUGGGUAUUUGUAAGGGGGGGGGGGAAGAGGAGAUGUGGCGCCUGUUGGUCUGUCUGCCUGCCUGCCUGCCUGCCUGCUGCGGCGGCGUUUAGUAGUGGGCAGGGCAGGUUCGUUGGUUGGUCAUUGGUUGGUCGGUACGAUCACGAUUGGUAGCGAUACUGAUAGAUAAGUGUACGAGUAAGUCGGUAUACGUAGGAUAACUGAGUGCCUCCACACACACAUAACAUACACACACGUCGCACACCUUCAUCGGGCCGCUCCGCUACUCCAUGUACAUUUAUGUUCGUAAGUGCACGUCGCGUCACGUAAGUGACCAUUUUGACAUGAAUGGAUGAUACACUCACUCAGUACACAGACAGUAAGGACAAUGACCCUUCCUCCCCUCUCCCCCUCUCAGACAUCCCUUUUCCCCUCCUUUGUUUGCCUGUCG